GAGAUGAGCGGAGUUCAAAUGGCGCGAGAAAACGAGACGCUAGUAGAAGCGGCGCUGUGUGUUCUCAACACAGCGGACCCUUUGGAGAAGGCUCGACUCGGCGACUCGGUCGCAUCCAAAUGGCUCCAAGGAACCAUCACCCAACCCUACGACCCAUCGCAGGACCUUCCCGUUCCCGUCCGCCCCGCCAGGCUCUCCAACGUUAAGUUGGUGUCUCCAAGUUUGAUGCCAAAGCUUGGGAAAGCAGGUAGCUUGCAGAGCAGGCAAGCCAUCGUGCAUAGUCUCGUACACACGGAGAGUUGGGCUAUUGACUUGUCUUGGGAUAUAAUUGCUCGAUUUGGUAAGAAAGAAGCAAUGCCAAGAGAGUUCUUCACAGAUUUUGUGAAGGUAGCUCAAGAUGAAGGUCGCCACUUCAGCCUGCUUGCAUCUCGACUUGAGGAGCUUGGUUCUUCUUAUGGUGCGUUACCUGCUCAUGAUGGGCUUUGGGACUCUGCAAUUGCUACUUCCAAGGACCUGUUGGCACGAUUGGCAAUUGAACACUGUGUACAUGAGGCUAGGGGACUUGAUGUUCUCCCGACAACCAUCUCUAGGUUCCGUAAUGGAGGCGAUGAUGAUACAGCUGAUUUAUUGGAGAGAGUAGUUUACCCUGAAGAGAUUACACAUUGUGCUGCAGGAGUAAAGUGGUUUAAGUAUCUUUGCCUGAGAUCCCGAAAUCCAUCUUUGUAUCAAGACAGCGUGGUAUCACAAGAAAGUGAAGCCGAAGGAGGUGAGACCCAAAUGGAGGAGGUAAGUGAAGAGGUGAUUAAGAAAUUUCAUGAAAUAGUGCGGACGCACUUUAGGGGACCAUUGAAGCCACCCUUUAAUGAGAAAGCGAGGAAAGCUGCCGGCUUCGGCCCUCAGUGGUAUGAGCCCCUUGUCGUGAAAGGGCCUCACAAUUCUAACAAGUAGACAUACUCGAAUUCUCUUGAGCAGUUUUCAUCAUAUUUGUAUUGCUUGUGGGAACCUACAGGUUUGAGUAUUGCUUUAUUUUUCUUUUUGCUCAUAUUGCUGAUCAACAUCUAUGAAAUGUUCCAAAUGUAUUUGAUUAUAACAUUUUUUUCUUGAUUGGAUAA